CCAAGACUUCAGAGCAGGUAAUCUAAUUUUGUAAUGACCUGGAAAUUCCUCAUCUUGUGUAGCAGACAGAAACUUCUGAGUCUAAUAACUUGGGAGGACGAAGUUUGGGAAUUCCAGCUUUUGCAAAACUAAACUCCUCCUUGGUCUGAGUGGAAUAUAAGAACAAGCUGCGGACCAUAAACCAACACAAAACACAAGGGAGAUCAAACUGCCUGACUGACUAACUAACUAAGGAGCUGAAAGUCUGUCACAUCUGCAAGUAUGAAGCUGCUUCUAGCUGGACUUGUUCUGACCCUUAUUGUGGGGGCUCAAGCUCAGUGGUACCACUUCCCUGGUGAAGCUGCUCGAGGUGCUAGAGACAUGUGGCGUGCAUACGGCGACAUGAAGGACGCCAACUGGAAAAACUCAGACAAGUACUUCCACGCUCGGGGCAACUAUGAUGCUGCCAGGAGAGGACCAGGGGGCAGGUGGGCAGCAACAGUCAUCAGUGAUGGCCGGGAGAUGGUUCAGGGUUCCAGUGGUCGAGGACAUGAGGACUCAGCAGCUGACCAGGAGGCUAACCGCUGGGGACGUAAUGGAGGGGACCCCAACCGAUUCAGACCCCAAGGACUCCCCAAGAACUACUGAACCUAAAAAAGGUGGUUACUAGCCAAACUGAAAGGACCACAAGCCAAACAACUAUACUGCACUUAAUUACUGCUUUUGGUAAAAAAAAUAUUCUCAAAAAUGAUUUUGCCCAAAUGUUCUGAUAAUAGACAGGAACAUGGUACUGAAACUUAGUAUACAAUGUAUUUCAAAAGUGUUGCAAAAAUAAAGUGAUUACGCAA